CUUUCACUUCCCAGAAGUUAUGACUAACACUCCUGAGUAACCGGAGAAGGUUCAAGAUGACGUCACAGCUGCCCCACCGAUUUACCAAGAAUCGAUUCUUGGGAGGUAUAAUACAUCGAAGAGCAGGAGCGAGCUCAGUUGAGGUUUGGCAACCGACUUGUUUAGAGAUUCUGCAAGAAAAUGAGAGCUACAUACUGCUUAAUCCUAGCUGCUGCAGUUCUUGCAGUGGCUGCAGCCCACACUUACCAUCUCGGAAAUUGCCCCAUCGUAGAACCUAUGUCUGGUUUUCAGAUGUCAAAGUUUUUAGGUUUAUGGUAUGCCAUCCAGAAGACUUCAACAGGUAGCCGAUGCUUGACUUACAACUUCACUCUUGGGGAAGAGCCAGGCGAAUACAACUUGGAGCAAGUGUCUGAACAUCCAGUCUUAGGAGUAGCAUCAGUUGACAACAAAUACCAUUACACGGGACAUUUAAAGGCCAAUUCUGACGUUCCAUCCAAAAUGACAGUGAAAUUUCCUUUAAGUGUUGCUGGAACAUCAAGUUUCACAGUCUUCAUGACAGAUUACGAAACUUAUGCUGGAAUUUACACGUGCCAAAAACUACCUGCAGCUAAUAGAAGAUCAGCUACCAUCCUUUCUAGGACGAAGACAUUGGAUAAGAUGGUGAUUGAUAAGAUUCGUUCCCGUCUGUCUAACUUCGGUGUCAACCCAUACGACCUCAGCAUCAUUGACCAUGCUAAAUGCCCAGCAGAAACCAACCUUAAUUUCAACAUCGACAAGGAAACCUUCUCACCUCAGAGUAUUGCCGGUGUUGUCAGGAAAGCUGGUGAAAAGUUAGGAGAUGGUGUGGAGUACGCGGCUGAGGGAGUAGGAAAAGUCUACAACCACAUUAAGAAAGAUGCCGAAGAAGAAGAUGGAAUGCCAUAAAAGUCUGAUUAAUUAUUCCAAAGAUAAAUGACUGCCUCAUUUUAGUUGUUAAGUGGCUUAUUUAUAAAUAAAUGUUUUUAUAC